AUGGAAGCGUAUCAACUCCCCGACAACUUCUAUACUCUGCUUUGCGAGAAAUACCAAGUCGCCAAACAAAGUGGCGAAGUUCAAUUCAAGGGAGAGUCUGCGGAACAUGAGGUCAUUUUCGAUUCUUCGUGUUCAAAAGAAGAGGAACGAUUCCCAUUCCAGUUGACGCUUCUUAAGUCUUUAGCCCAACGUCCGGUGAAGGGCACGGUUGAUGCGGACCCCUUUGCUAAUGAAGAACCAGAAUUGACCAUAUUGAGCAAAUAUGGUUUAGAUGAUCUGCUUCGAAUUGUCUUUAACAAAUUCCCAGUAGUGGAUCGUCAUUUUAUGGCCGUCACUAGAGAAUUUGAAUCUCAAAACUCUCCUUUGAAUCCAAGUGAAUUAUUGGCUAUGUAUUUCAUUUUGAAAGACCUUAAGCUCAAAGGCCCUAACGAAAAAUGGUUUAGUUUCUACAAUUGUGGUCAAGCAAGUGGUAUGCUGCAACCUCAUAAGCACUUCCAAUUCAUGACGUUACCAAAUGACAAAGAUUUUGAGCCAAUCCCAGAAGUUAUACUCAAACUUGAUGUUGAUUCUGAUAGACCCCCAUCUAUCGCCAGAGAUGAACCUUUGCAACAUCCUAAAGUACCCUUUGCUCACUACAUUGUGAAGGUACCUGAAACAAUCACCAACGAAGACCAAUUGGGAGCUCUCUUUGUUCAUCUAUUAACUCGUACUAUCACAGAUUUGCGUGAUGCUAGUUGUGAAGCCAUUGCUUACAACUUUAUCAUGACCACCGAAUACAUGAUGAUGGUUCCUCGAGUAGUUAAUAACGUUGAUGGUUUGGGACUUAACUCUUGUGCCUACAUGUCUUUGUUGCUCUGUAAGAAUGAAGAAUUGGUAUCUUUAGUCAAAGAUAAGCUGCCAAUGGCACUUCUAGCACAAGCUGGUUUACCCAACACUUAUGGUAUCAAGCGUGAUGAUAGUCACUAUUGA